AUGGCACCAUCAACUAUUACCCUGGUGCUUCGGCCACGGUCUGCGUCAAAUGCGUUUUACAAUCAGACGGCAGCGGAUGGAAGCGUACCCUGGCUUGACAAUGACGUGGCCAACCUGGAUCCUGGCCUGAAUAAAAGCUUGACAGUGUCUGUAGUGAACGGGUCAGCGACAUGGGAGGGAGUCAAGACGUUAGCGUGGCCCGGCUACUACAGCCUCAUACUGCUGCUAACAACUAAUGACUCAUCAUUCGUCAAGGUUGCACCGUUGGAGAUGGAAGUGGAGGUGCUGCCUUGCGGGGUCGGGCAGACGCUUGACCUUUCGCACAGCAGUUACAAAACAUCAUGGACAGGCUGCAGGGCUUGUCCGCCUCAAGAAUACGGGCUGUGGCAGGACGAUCGACCGUGGCUAACAGCGAUCAUACCAAGUUCCGUGGAUGCAGAUGCUGCAGCUGCUGCCGACAGCAGUAGCAGUUUGAUCCCUUACUUCAAAUCUAUGAACAUAACCCUUCGUGCGCAAAACUCAGCAUGCAUGUUAUGUCCCGCAAACGCGCUCUGCCUGGGUGGAGCUGUGAUAGUGCCGGCACCAGGUAUGUCUCGCAAUCGUCAGCGGAACUGA